AUGUUCAAGCCCCUUGUCCGAUUCUCUGGAAAGCAAUUGGCGGCUGCUUCGCGGCCGUCAGUUAGAGCCUAUGCUGCUGCCGCAGCUGCUCCAAAAUACCAAUGGACUGAUCCACUAGGCUCCCAGAACCUCCUCACCGAGGAGGAAUUGGCAGUUUCGGAGACGGCAGAGUCAUAUUGCCAGGAGCAAUUGAUGCCCAGGGUCCUUCAAGCAUAUCGCAAUGAGGACUUCGACAGGAACAUUUUACAAGAGAUGGGAGAGCUUGGCCUGCUUGGAUCCACUAUCCAGGGCUACGACUGCGCCGGCGUGUCCAGCGUCGCGUCUGGACUUAUCACAAGGGCAGUGGAGCGAGUGGACAGUGGAUACAGGUCGGCAAUGUCUGUCCAGUCAUCCCUAGUUAUGGGACCUAUAUACGAGCACGGAACACAAGAGCUGAAGGAUAAAUUCCUCCCGUCACUGGCGAAGGGGAAGUGGGUUGGUGCAUUUGGCUUGACAGAGCCAAACCAUGGCAGUGACCCAGGAUCCAUGGAGACUGUCGCGAAGCCGCAUCCAACGAAGAAGGGAUACUAUUCGCUUUCAGGAUCGAAGACGUGGAUCAGCAACUCGCCAAUCGCUGACGUAUUCAUUAUCUGGGCCAAGCUUCAGGAGACGGGUAAGAUCAGAGGGUUCGUUGUUGAGAGAUCCCAAUGCCCCGCUGGUACUUUGGAGACGCCGGCAAUCAAGAACAAGAACGGCCUGAGAGCAUCGAUAACGGGUAUGAUUCAACUCGAUAACUGCCCAGUGCCACAAGAAAACAUGUUCCCUGAGGUCGAAGGGUUAAGAGGUCCGUUUUCUUGCCUGAAUAGUGCGCGAUAUGGCAUAGCGUGGGGAGUGAUGGGGGCCUUGGAGGACUGCAUCGAUAGAGCGAGGACAUACUCCCUCGAGAGGACGCAAUUCAAGGGCAAUCCGCUUGCCAAAUACCAGCUCAUCCAGAAGAAGCUCGCAGAUGCCUCGACUGAUGCUGCCUUUGGUAUCCUGGCAAGUAUCCAGGUUGGUAGGCUAAAGGACGAAGGCAAGGCGGCGCCAGAGAUGAUCAGUAUGAUCAAGAGACAGAACUGCGACCGUGCUCUGGCAAAUUCUAGGACUCUGCAAGAAAUCUUGGGUGGCAAUGCCGCCAGCGAUGAAUACCAUAUUGGGAGGCACGUGGCCAACCUCUUUGUGACUCAAACAUAUGAAGGGCAAAGCGACAUUCAUGCCCUGAUUCUCGGAAGAGCCAUCACGGGUGUUCAAGCAUUUGCAUAG